UCAUCUCCCCUCUCAAAUCAACACCCUUCCCUCCAACCUCCUGCAAUGGCAAGCCGGGACGCGGUGCCUUCCACCAGACCGACCAACGGUAAGGCCAAGCCUCCAUCGGCUGCCGCCCAUGAUUUGGGAAUGGUAGGCGCCAAUCACAGUUUUCGACCAAGCCAUGAGCCAGAUUCGAGGCUGGUCCGCCACCCCAUUCCCCCUCCUUCUCUAGGUGGGCGUCAGCGUGACCGCGGCUUCUUCUCCUCAGACGACACUGCCCUCACCAAGCAGAUCCUCGCCACUCACGCCCCUGACAUAGAAGACCUCAAUGUGAAGCCGCUCCUCUCCAUCGUUGAGGAUAUCCUUCGUCUUUCCAAACCUUCCUCCUCGACUGAUCACACCUCUCUUGUGAAUAAUCAAGUUAAACCACAUUUGGACACUUUGGAUAGCAGCAAGGCCAUACAGAGCUCACCCCAUCAGGACGCCAAAGUCCUCUACAAUCACGAACACGAUUCGGAGAUUGUUAGACUGCUGGCCUUUCCAAUCAGCAAGAUCUCUUGUGAGAUCAUCUGCAAAUGCUCUGCUGGUGGGGAGGCACACUCUGUCACCAUGGACCUCCUCAAAUCACUGUCCAACUACUCAUGGGAUGCCAAAGUGGUGAUCAUUUUCGCGGCCUUUGCUGUCAACUACGGGGAGUUCUGGCUAGUGGAGCAGAACCACACCAGGAACAUGCUCGCCAAGCACAUCGCCACCCUCAAGGAUCUGCCCUACGUGAUGGAGCACGCGGGGAAAUUAGAGAAGAAGUUUGAAGCAGUUCUUGACCUGUUAAACGCCGUGUUGAACGUGAUCCACUGCCUCAUCGAGUUCAAGGAGCUCCCUUCCGUUUACAUCAGCCAUGACGCGCCAGAAGUCGUGGCUGCCACCGCUCAUAUCCCAACUGCUGUGUACUGGAUCAUAAGGAGCCUCCUUGCUUGUGCAUCCACUCUCCUCAACCUCAUUGGGAGCGGCCACGAGUACAUUACCUCAACUGCUGAAUCGUGGGAGAUACUGAGCCUGGCUCAUAAGCUGUCGGUCAUACUGGAGCACCUCCGAGACCAGCUGGCAGUGUGCAAGGGCUUAGUAGAGAGAAAGAAGGCCGAAGACGCGUACACUGCGUUCAAGAAGCUGAUCGAAUCAACCCACAUCGAGAACAUGAAAGUUUUACGCGCAAUGAUCCGCGCAAGAGACGAUCAAAGGCCGCUCUAUGAUGGCUCCAAGAGGAUCAACGAGCGGCUGGAGGUGUUGAGGAGCAAGUACGUGCUGCUGCUGAUCUCGGACCUGGACAUCCCUCACGAGGAGCUGAACGUGCUCCACAUGAUCUACAACCAGCAGGCGAGGAGGCACGAGUACGAGGUUCUGUGGCUUCCGAUAGUGAAUCCAACAACGCCCAUGACUGGAGUGGAGAACACGGUGUUCUACGACCUCCGCAACAACAGCAUGCCUUGGUACUCGGUGGAUCACCCGGCACUGAUCGAGCCGGUGGCGGUGAGGUACAUCCGAGAGGAGCUCAAGUUCGUGCACAUGCCGAUGCUGAUCGUUCUGGAUCCCCAUGGAAAGCCCUCCAAAACCGAUGCUCUGCCCAUGAUGUGGAUUUGGGGCAGCGAUGCCUUCCCCUUCACCAAGGACCAGGAAUGGGCGCUGUGGAGAGACAAGACGUGGAACAUCGAGCUCCUAGCUGACUCCAUCGAUCCACGCAUUCAAGAAUGGAUGAGGGGAGACAGGGUGGUGUGCCUGUACGGCGGGGAGGACAUGGAGUGGAUCCGGAAGUUCACUUUGGCGGCGAGGGCAGCGGCAGCCGCGAUGCACGUGCCGCUGGAGAUGCUGUACGUGGGGAAGAGGAACCCGCGGGAGAAGGUGCGGAGGUGCCAUGAGACGAUAGAGAGGGAGAAGCUGAGCCACGUGUUCCACCCGACGGACUACUACGACUACGUGUGGUACUUCUGGGUGCGGCUGUGGAGCAUGUGGAACUCGAAGAAGCAGGUGGGGAUGAGCGUGGAGAGCGACCACAUCAUGCAGCAGAUCAUGGACAUCCUCACAUACGACAGCAGCGAGGAGGGCUGGGCGGUUUUCAGCCGCGGCAACCACGAGAUCACCAAGGGGAAGGGCGACGUCGUGCUGCCGGUUAUGGAAGGGUAUGCGGCGUGGGAGUACAAGGUGGACCGCGCGGAUAAGUUCGUGCCGGUGCUGGACGAGGAGAUACGGCGGACGCACCCGGAGCACCACUGCAACCGCCUUAUCCUGCCAGGCCACGCUGGCUACGUGCCCGAUCACGUCGUCUGCUCCGAGUGUGGCAGGACCAUGGACAAGUUUGUCUUGUACCGCUGCUGCACCGACUGAUUUUUAUCCUCUACGCCUAAAUAAACUUAAUAGCAUCUCUUUCUCUACCAUUAUUUCCGCAUUUGCUUCCACUACUAGUACUAAUUGUUUCCACCUUUAUUAUGAAUUAUAAUAAACUUAGUUUUAUGAAUGA